CCAAAAUAACAACACCAAAACUUGUUAAGAAAAAUGUCUUCUUAUUCAGAGUUAUCAAAUCUUCCGAUUCGUGAAAUUCCAGGGGACUAUGGUUUCCCUAUAAUUAGCGCGAUUAAAGAUCGAUACGAUUAUUUCUAUAACCAAGGUGAAGAUGCUUGGUUCCAUAACAAAGCUGAAAAAUACAAAUCUACUGUUGUCAAAAUCAACAUGGCACCAGGUCCAUUCACAUCUAAUGACUACAAAUUGGUAGCAUUUUUAGAUGCCAAUAGCUUUGUUUGCAUGUUUGAUAAUUCCCUCAUUGAUAAAACUGACACUCUUGGUGGUACAUUUAAGCCUGGUAAAGAAUACUACGGUGGUUAUCGUCCCGUCGCGUUUAUCGAUACCAAAGAUCCAAACCACGCAGCAUUAAAAGGCUACAUUUUAUCAUCAUUCGCAAAGCGACAUAACUUAUUCAUUCCUCUGUUCAGAAACACAUUAUCCGAUCAUCUUUUUAAUAAUCUCGAAAAACAGGUUACUGAACAGGGGAAAUCAGAUUUGAAUGCUUUGCUUCCAACUAUGACGUUUGAUUUCAUUUUUCGUUUGCUUUGUGAUCAGAAAAAUCCGUCUGAUACAGUUCUUGGCGCUCAAGGACCAGAACAUCUACGUAAAUGGCUUUUCCCUCAGCUAAUUCCGUCCUUGAGCGCCAAGAAACUUCCUAACAUCAUAGAAGAUAUGCUCUUCCAUAAUUUUUUAAUACCAUUUGGUUUUAUAAAAAGUGAUUACAACAAACUUGUUGAUGCAUUUAGCAAGUCUGCUGUGUCCAUGUUGGAUGAAGCAGAAAAACUUGGAAUCAAAAGAGAAGAAGCUGUACAAAACAUUCUUUUUCUCGUGGGGAUCAAUAUGUUUGCGGGGUUGAACGCCUUUUUCCCUCAUCUAAUCAGGUUUGUGGGCGAAGCAGGGGCUAGUCUACACACACAACUUGCUAAAGAAAUCAGGAGUGUUAUUAAAGAAGAAGGUGGUGCAAUCACAUUAUCAGCGAUUAACAAAAUGAGUUUGGUCAAAUCCGUAGUGUACGAGACAUUGAGACUUCGCCCACCAGUACCAUUACAGUAUGGUAAGGCGAAGAAAGAGUUCAUGGUUCAAAGCCACGAUGCAUCUUACAAGAUCAAUAAAGGACAAUUCGUCGUUGGAUAUCAGCCCAUGGCUAGUAGGGACCCUAAGAUUUUCGCGAACCCUGAUGAGUUUGUACCUGAUAGGUUCAUGAAUGAUGGUGAGAAACUGCUGAAACAUGUUCUGUGGUCUAAUGGAAGGGAAACAGAGAAUCCAGCACCAGAUAACAAGCAAUGUCCAGGCAAAGAUUUGGUGCACCUAUUGGGUAGGUUAAUAUUGGUUGAAUUUUUCAUCAGAUACGAUACAUUCACCGUGGAAAUUACACCUCUAUUUCGUGCGCCAAAUGUUGCGUUCAAGACAUUAACUAAAGCAAGUAAAUAGUUUGUUAUGUGGCUCACGUUGCAUAUUCUCUUAUUGAAUUUUUCAAUUUAUAUUGUAUUUUAAUUUUUUUUGGUUAUAUUUAUUUAGUUUUUGUUGUAAAUUUUCUGUAUGAUUCAAAUGAAUAAACGUUGAUUCUAGAUCGGAUCAAAA